GGCAUCGGUGGGGGAAUAAUUAGGAAAGAACCAUAUUUGGGUUGUUCUCUUGGCCCAUGGGCCUCUUAAUUCUUUCUGCCGCUGUUCCAUAUUAGUGACAGAAUAUAAAAAUAAUCGGAAGAAUUAAAACGGAAAAGAUAUGCAAGAAUGGGUAACGCUCCCACUUGCGGCGGUUUCCGGCGGAGUUUUGCUUUCUCUUCUGAUCAUCAUAAUCUUCCUAAGUUCAUGCCGCCGCUGUCAUAAAAGCAGCGAUCGUCUUAUCCAGCAAAAGGAUCUGCGUCAUCAUCGCGUCACCCUUCAUCGUCUGGAUAAAAACGGCGACAAGAAGACAAACUACUUCGUUUCCCUGCGUGGGCCGCCGGAAAAUCCAAUCUUCCGAUGGGCUGACCACCCAUCCCUCGUAACCGAAGCCGUCGAAAAUGGGUGGUCGGGGUUCGGAUUCGUCGCCUGCUCUUCAUCGCCGACGAGCGUCCGGCGAUGUAUGUCUCUGUUCAGGCGCCGUCAGAAAAUUCACGGCGGCGAUCAGCCGGCGAUCCUCCGGCGAAGAUUCCGGGGACAUAUCCUGGCUCUGUUGGAUUCAAUUCUAAUGCCUCUGUUUUUCUUGCUGGGUAGUGCAGGGACAAGACUAGUGGGGGAAUGUGAUUCAAGAAGAUGGGGAAGAGCAGGAAAGGUGAUAGGGAUUGGACACAACACCGCCCAAAACAAAGUGUUCUUCACAGUGGACUCAAAUCUACUGUACGAAAUCCACUGCGAGUCGGAGGAAUUCGGGAGCCCGCUCCACCCCACCAUAUCCGCCGCCGCAGAUGAGGCCGACAUCACAGUGUCAGUGAACCUGGGCCAAACCCAUUUCAAAUACGCCCCGGCGAACCUUCGCCGGACUCCGAACCCGUGUUUCACCAUGACAGAGCAGUGCCCUUCUUCUUCUCCGGGCUUGGGAUGCGGAGAAGACAGCAGAGAGCUUUUCUCCAUGGGGAGAAUCGAUUCAGAGUGGCUGAUGAUCGGCGAAGGCGCAAAGAGUAGAAGCAUAAAACGAGGAGUUGACGACGACGAUCUGGGAUCGGACGGAGAUUUGUUUGAGAUCGCAUUGGAUGGCUCUGGAAAAUCGCCCAAUGUUUUGAGAAUAUAGUCUUAUGAACUUCUCCGUGGAUUAAAUGUUUUUUUAGAAUGUUUUGUUGGUACAAAAAAUAUAUUUAGCUCAAUGGG